AUGCAAUGCUAUAUCAAGUUAACAAAUCAAGAAGAAAGACCAGAAACUAAAGUUGAGUUUCAAUUUCUCAAUAAAGUUAAUGAAGGAAUAUUCGGAGUCGUAUACAGAAUAGGCGACAAGCAAACAGGCGACAUAGUGGUAAAUAUUGAGAUGACAGGAUUCUCCAUCGCCGCGCAGAUAGAACUCGACCUACUGAUGAAGAUGAAGCAUAAUAAUAUCAACAUUGUCACAGGACACGAGAUUGCGCAAUAUACGCCGGUUGUGGUAACGCGCUGGUACCGUGCGCCCGAGCUGCUACUACAUAGCAAAACAUACGGCACUCCAAUAGACAUGUGGAGUGUCGGGUGCAUAUUCGCUGAGCUGAUGAAUUUGCAGCCUCUGUUUCCCGGGUCAUCCGAAAUUAAUCAGUUAAAAAUAAUAUUCGAGGUUCUGGGUACACCAUCAGACACAGUUUGGCCCGGCUAUAGCAAGUUAACACUGGCAAGCAAUAUAAUAUUCGACGAGUUUCCAUCGGGCGGGUUGCGCAAGAAGAUAGACCAGGACCUACUCUCGGAUAAUGGAUUUUCUUUGCUGCUUGAGUUGUUGACGUAUGAUCCGUCAAUGCGCGCGACAACAACUGAAGCAUUGCUGCACCCCUACUUUGAUGAGCAGCCGUUAGCAGUAGAGCCGGCCAUAUUCCUGACAACGCUGGAGUUAGUACUUCGAGCAGUACUUCAGUUCCGACCCGGGAGACGACCAGCAGCGGUACUCCUGUACUGA